AUGUUCUUAAAUCUUAUCCUCAACAAAUCUUUCCUGUUUGUGGCAACCGGUAGUUCCUCUUACUGAAAUAGCUAUGUAUUCCUCAAUUCAAACAAAGGGCCAUUGUAGUUUCACUCACAGGUGCCAGUUACAUUUCCCCAUGCCAUCAAUUUGAAUUCCCAGAACUGCAAUCCAACCAUACACAAGAUUUAAACUGAAUCAUGCCCUAACCCUAUGCCCGCACACUGGUCAAAUUACUGUUCUUCUGGUUGCCAAGAGAUGUUGACACGAAGGUGUUUGAAUUAAAAAAAUAAUUGGAUGAUGCCUGAAUGAAAGUGGUUCACCCCGAUUGGACAGAAACAAUUACUUGAAAUUGUCAUUGGGGCUGAGAUUAGGCACUAAAAGGGUCUUAUAUUGCCCUGAUAACCAACCGGACUAAAUUCCUUCUAAAGGUUUUGAGCAUCAGAUUGAGAGGAGCGGGGCUGGAGCGAUGUACCUGUGGCCUGUGUGUUUCAGCAGUGGAGCAGAGCCUCCGUCAGCACAGCAUUCCACCUCACACUGCACAAAACACAAAGACAUCACUCUGGAAUUCAACUUGGUGAUAAGAUGUGCAAUCUUUUUGCAAACCUUGUGCCAAUUUGUUCUUAAAAUUACAAAAUUUGUAUCUCCAAAUACAUUCCUGGUUGGGUAAAAGUAUUAAAAUCAUAUAGAUACUGGCCAAGAUAUUAUGUUUCAGGAGAAAGAAAUAUAUACACAACCCUGCCUGUGUUUGGCAGCCUAUUUUAUAAUUGUUAGGUGUGACACACUAAUAUUAUUUUUUAAUAGAUGACAUUCUAAACUUGGAAUUCAGUUUAAUGACAUUGUUUUACGAAUUACACUGCCAGCUCAGACAGCUGCAAUCUAACUGUCGACCUCUUGUGCUAAUGUGGUGGCUUUGCUAUAACGCCAUCAAUCAUCAUGGUCCAAUAAAAACAAGACACAUUGUUUAAAAAGUCAUGCAUAGAGCCGCACAAUGAAGUGUUAAAAGAUGCACAAACUGAUUUGUAAUCAGCGUUGACGGUUAUGUAUUUUCAGUUAUUCGCCAUUUUACGCUCGACCUGCGCAAAUGUUCAUUCACCAUCAUAAUCAUAACAAUAUCCUAAUAACCAACUGGCAAUGGAAUAAUUGUAGGUCAAUAUGACACACACAACAAGCAGUCCCUCAAUCAAAUCUAUUCUCAUGCCGUCAGUGCUUCCUCAAGUCUCUCACGAAGAGGUGAACAACCCCUCACACAGGUUCUUAUUUAAUAUCUAUAAUUAAAGCAUCCUCAAUUCCACAGCCCUUCCCUGCGGAAUUAGGGCCAUUGUCAUUCCAAAAAAAAAAACUUUUGUCACUCCACUCGUAUUCAUAGCUGUGUCAUGGCAUAGGCAAUCUGUCACAUUUUAAAACCACUAAUCAGCAAUAUUAUUAAUUUAGUACUGAAAUAAAUAGAAUUUCUGUUUCUUCAAAUUACAAAACACACUACAUGCGUCAGUUAAUAUAAAAUAACUCUCAUGUUUAUUUUUUAUUCAUUUUAUGUUCUUAUUCCAAACAAUGAAUACAGUUUUGUGCAUGAGGAUCCUAAUAUUAUGUUUUUUAUUUACUAUAAGGUGAUGCCAAGAUGCCGUUGCGUUCAUUUUCAAACAGGUUUAACCGGUCCGACAUUGUUAAGGAAGAGGUUGGAGUAUACACCCUCAUCGCAGUUGCCGUUCUGUCAUUCAAAACACCUCUGUUGUUUUCACUAAGUUUAUUCUUUGCAGAACACUGGAGGUAACACUAACAUACUGCUACCAGUAGUCUUGGUAGGUUACCCUGAAUCAGCUGAUUUCUAAGGGUCUAUGAAAUUGCAACCAUCAGUAGAAAAAGACAACCUUAUCCUUAUUGCACAUUGUUUGUGUGCUCCGUGUUCUCAGCCCUGCGUCAUGGCCAAUGGAAAGGUCCAGGAGGCGAUGACAGUGCAGGAACAGAAGGAGCCAGAUGAGAUGUCAGAGGAAGCUUUUCUUCAAGAUCUCUAUCUGAACAUGAAGAAGAGGGACACGCCCAUCGAGAGAGUCCCACACUUAGGCUUCAAACAAAUCGAUUUGUAUUUGAUGUACAAGACAGUCAAGGAUUUGGGGGGCUACCACCAGGUCACCACCCACCAGCUGUGGAAACAGGUUUACAACACGCUGGGUGGCAACCCCCGAAGUACCAGCGCUGCGACCUGCACCCGUAGACACUACGAAAAACUCCUACUGCCCUACGAAUGCUACCUGAAAGGGGGACAGCUGAGGGCCAUCCUGCCCGCUCAGAAGCGCCCACCCUGUGACGGUCUGCUGGAGGAAGGUGGUGGCCAGAGGCCGUUGAAACGCAGGCUGUUACCCGGCACCCCCCUCCACCAGGCCCCGCGCAGCAACGCAAACUCCCACCUGAGGGUGAUCUCCCUGCCUGUGCACUACCCCCACUACUACCACACCUCCUACCCCGUCUUGUCCACCUACGUUCCCAUGCCUCCAUCGCUGAAGGGGCCCCCCCCAGGUCCUCCCCCGUUGGCCCCCCGUGCCCCAACACCCCCACCCCCUCCACCUCCACCAGCAUCACCGCCGCCCCCGGCAGUGCCUCAGCCUCAAGCCUUCCACCCCCCAGCCCCUCGCCAGAGGCCCAUGGAGGCGGCCCAGAAGUCCCUGGAGCACCUGCGCUACCUGGCCCAGCAGUACGAUCCCUCCACGGGGCUGUCGGAGCCGCUGAAGGAGCCGCUCAACCUCAGCGGCUGGGCGCCCCGCGCGGAGGCCCGCGAGAGCCCCGCCUCGUCCUUUGCGCCGCCCUCCGCCAACAAGAACCCCAAGUUCCUGAACAAGCCCUCCCCUCUGUACCCGGCGAGCCGCGAGAGGGACCAGGGCUCGCCGCCGUGUGGGAAAGAAGACCCCGGUGACGGCCAGUAUCUAGGCAGCCCGCCACCGUACCCCGACGGCGCCAGGGAGGACGUUGUCCUGAACUUGAAGACCAUACCCGGGACCUGUGCGUCUGGAAGCCCCCCUGCAUCGCCGGCCCGUCCCCGGAGGACCCCCCCGGGAGUCCGGUCACCGAUUGUGUCUCCAAAGGCGGACGGCGGUCCGAGUUUUGCGUGGGACGAGCGAGCGGAGAGCGAGCAGAGCCUCAGGCGAGACGUGUUGGAGUUCGGCGCCAGGCUGCCCUUCCUGAAGAGGGAGCACGCAGAGAGCGGCAAAAGGGAGAUACAGAUCCCGUUGUCGGUGCUGCAUGGCUGGAUCAAACUCAUCUCCUCAUCCUCCGCUCCAGCCAGCAAACUGUUCCCUGGCGAAGGAGACACCGCCACCAACACCACCACCACCACCACCACCAGCCCCACCAACGCUGCCCUGUGCAUGGACUCUGAGGUCUCACCCUUCGACCUGAGAACCCUUCGAAAUCCCCCCCUGGGGGACCCCAGGUUGGGGUCCCCGAGGCAGAAGCCCCAACCCAACUACGGCCCGCCAGGCCUCAGUGGCCACAGCGACCCUUACCCACCGGGCCCCGGCUACCACCAGCAGCUGGCCUUGUCCAGCGCAUUCCUGAAGGGUGUCUACGGCACGGGGCCGCCGGGGUGGGACCCCCCUCUGGACUUCCACCGAACCCCGGAGGCCUUCAGCAGAGACCCCCAUGGACAGGGUCACCCCUUCCCCCUCCGGCUGGGGGGGAGCUGGAGCCCCCCCGCGGCCAGAGAGGACUUCCAGGGCUCCUCCCGGAGAGCAGCCCAGGCUAGCGUGGACAUCACACGUUCGCCGAGAGAGGAGGCCGUCGCGUGGAAAGGGAUGACGAUGAACAACCCUUCCUCCUCCUCCUCCCCCCCCUUGCUUCAACUCACCACUGAAGAGAUCAUGAAGCUGAAGAGGAUCAUAUCCUGUUCACCAUAAGGACAUGUUUUCACCAAAUCACGCAAUACCACUUAAAGGUGCUGUAGAUACAAUUGAAGAGCUUGUUUUUGAGGGUAAUAUGUUAGAAGUGGCCCGAGCCGUCUGACAGCUAUUGGUGAGUGAAAUGUGCUGUGAGAACAUCUGAUUCCUGUUGACUUAGCCUGCCUUCGUAUGAGCCAAUUGGGAUUUUAGACAGCUCCCUGCUCAUUUCUGACAAAUCAGGACAUCUCUUCAGCCUUUCAGGGAUUAUCUUUAGAAACUCUCUCUGUUCUUUGUGGCCAAGUGGUAGCAUGUAUACAAGUCAGAAGAAAAAAAUGUUAGGAUUUUUUUGUUAUUUACCGAAGAAAUUACUAUUUUCUUUUUUUCAUUUUGUUGCUUAUGUACAGCUUUUUGAUUUAUGCUGCAACAAAUUGUGUUUGUUUAGUUUUUAUGCUCAGGAAAAUACCAUAAUUAUUGUGUCAUUAGUGAUCACAGUACGUGAAAUAAGUCUAUAUUAUUCAAUUGCAAGUACAAUUUCUGAAAUUAUAGGAAAACGACAUUGUAACUUUCAGAGAGUAAUACGGGGCAUCACUGGCUCAGGAGGUAGAGUGGGUUGACAGGCAAUCGGAAGGUUCCCAGCUCAAUCCCCGGCCCCUCCUAGCUGAGCGUUGGGGUGUCAAUAAGCACGACACCCAACCCUAACUGCUCCCCGGUUGAGCAUGAAUGGGCGAAUGUUGUGCAAUAAUUGUAAAGCACUUUGAAGUGACCACUGGUCAGAAGAGCUAUAUAUAAAUGCAGUCCAUUUAAUUUGAAUAAAUGUUAAAUGUGCAGAGUAUCCUUGCUAUAGGCCUAGGCGCUACGUGUAUGAAAGCAUUUUCAUGCACGUAGACUACUCCAAAACCCUCUGGAAUAAUGUACCAAGUCAGGUGACCUGAACGAUUGAGCUUACUAAGAAUGUAAAAGUAUAUAUAUAUAUAUAUAUAUAUAUAUAAAUAUAUACACAUAUAAUGUAAAUAGAAAUAUGAACUAUGGAAUAUAGAUUGACCUUAAAUGCGUGUGAGCAAUGACAUGCUUUUAUAAUGUGCUCUUGUUUUAUAUUUUGUACUUAUGUACAUACAUUGACUACGUCACAUGCCUCACCGGUUAUUUUCUUUUCAGUUCUGUAACUACACUAUUAUUUGAUUGAACAAAUACUUAUAUUUAUUUUCAUUAAUCUUAUUUCAUAUUUUUAUAUAUAUUUCUACAUUUAAAACAUGGUGAAGCAGCAUUAAGCUUGCAUUGAUAUUUAUAUAUAUUGUAACUUUGACACAGCAGCUGCAUUGGUCAAUGCCAUAACCUGUUAAGAAUAAAGAAUUCUUUAUGCUUUUCCAAA